AUGUAAUAAGUUAAUAUGCCUUCACAAUAUCCAAAUUUACCUUUUACAAAUCAAACUCCAACACAUAAAACCAAUCCCUCCCACUCUCCUCAUCAACGAAUGCUCUUCCAAUCCUCAUCCCCCAUUCCAGAUAGCAAAAGCUACACGCCUGCAAAACAAUUGGGUGAAUUGGAAUUGCUCUAUCAGAAAAUCAAUUUGCUUCAAAAUGAAAAUAAAAUGCUCAAAGUCCAAUUGGAAAAUGCCAAUCUCCAGAUCCAAUAAUUGUCAACCAAAAUUAAUUCCUACAAUAGUUAAGCCAUCUUCAAGACCACCACUUUCGAAUUGGUGGUACUGUAAAAAGCAUUAGAGCAAUUGGAAUAACUGAAAACGGCUUUGCAGAAAAGAAAAGUAAGUCCCUUGCAUAACAAUUUAACUCUGCCUACUGAGGAAUCGGCUGAGGUCAUAAGCGAAUUGAAGAGUAAAGUCACAUUCCUAGAAUAAAAGAAUAUUAAAUUAAGCAAGGAGAACUCAGAAUUAUAACAUCACAUUCUAUUUUCUGGCCAGUCUGAGACAAAAGAAUUCGUCAGAGAAGGCAGAAAACAAUUGCUUUCUGAUCCAAGUGAAAUUCGGAAAGUUAAUAGGAACAGCCCCAUCAGAUUUGUCAAUCAAAAAGGAAGUCCAACACACAGAGUGAACAAUUUAUUUAUACUUUAUUAAUAUUUGCAUCAAAUACACAAAUUAAUUAAAUCAUUUAAUUAAAAUUAGAUAAACUCAGCAUGGAUUCAACUAAAGAUAGAGUAGAAGGCACAAGAGCCACAGUCAUCGAAAUCAUUGGAAGAACAGGUUCCAGAGGUGGCAUUACAUAAGUUAAGGUUCAAAUUGGUUGGCCAAUAAAGAACCCUCAUUAGAAAUGUUAUGGGACCAGUCAGAAAAGGUGAUACUCUAGAACUCAUGGAAUGCGAAAGAGAAGCCAGAAGAUUAAGAUGAAAUAAGUACAUUACAUAUACAAUUUGCCAUAUAUUUAAUUAUUUUUAAUGC